CGUUGUGCUCCGACUCGUCCGUUUUCCGUCUGUCCCGUUUGAGGAUCUGCGGACCGUCCGGAGAAACGCCAGUAACGAUUUCUUAUUUACUUUUUACGCGCGAUUUGCGCCUCACUUAUCACAAUACUGGUGUCUUAAUCAAUUUCUUUUAGUUUGUUGCUUCGCUCUGUUUGUAAACCGCUUCCUGCGCAAAGAAGCACCGUGCGCGCCGAGAUGUCGGACCGCGAAGUUCGUUCCCGCAAGAAGCGCAAAGCAGCGUUGGAGAAAGGAACAGCUGACGAAGGUUCCAAGGAAAAGCAUAAAGCCCAAAAGCACUCGGAUUCUGAGCUAGAAGAUGACGCAUCGGUUACUGAACCAAGCACAACAGCAAGAAUUACGUUCUUGGUUGUUUUCGUCACCCUGGCCAUAAUGGUUGGAGCUAUCUUUUUGGCACUGCAGAGUUCCUCAUCUUUAAAUACAUUUUAUACUGAAGCUGAACUUGAAGCAAAUGAGGACUUCAUAGUUGCCCAAGAAGAAAUGGAAGUUGAAGGCCAGCAUUAUGCUACUGAUGUGGAGGGAUCUAGUGAAUUAGAGCCAAGUGUCCAAAGUAAAGACGAAAGCAUCAACUUGGGAACCUUCAGCAUAGAUCCCACAGAGCCACUGCAGGCUCCUGAGAAUGCAGUGCUUGGCAGUAGCCAGACAAGCACACCAACACAGCACUUUGAAUCUGUCCCGACCACAGACCACACUGAAGUGCCUGUUGACCGCACGUCAGAAACAGUGUCAUCAACACUUACGGAAACAGAUCUGCUAAGCUCUACUGAAAUACUACAGCCUUCAGAGGCUUCAGAGAUUAAGCAGGAUGAAAGUGACCGGGCGUUGUCCUUAGAGGCAACAAAAGUGUCAGAGGCUUCUUCACCUCCAGCAUCAGAGGUGGCCACAUCUACAAUGGAAACAAUGGCUUUGAAUGCAGAUCCACUUGAAGAACAGGCUGCUAUCACAAAUGAGUAUGAUGCAAGGAUUAAGAAGGAUCUCCAAGAAUCUGAAGAGCUAGUUGAGCAGUCCCCUGAAAAGGCUCUUGAGAAGUUUAAGCGGCUCCUCCAAACUCACCCACAAAGUCCCAGAGCCAACUAUGGCAAAGCACUGGCCUUGGAGAAGGUUGCUGAACUGAGGAAGAGCAAUUCGAUCCUGGAACAGAGCAUCCAGGCUUAUUUGGAGGUGAUGAAGUUGCCGAAGGUUCCCAGUGAGUUGUACCUCCGAGCAGGAAACAAAGCUGUGGAUCGCAUGCGCUUCCGAGGAAUUUUUACCAAAGCUAUAAAACUGCAGGCGGAAAUGAGCAGCAAGUUCCCAGAGAAUAUUGGAAUCAAGAAUCAAAUGGCAGUUUCUUACCUCAUGAUUGGGCAAGGAAAGGUUGCUGCCGGGCUGCUUGAACAGGUUUUGAAACAAGACCCAAACAAUGGGUUUGCCAAGGUGCACUAUGGUUUCAUAUUGAAGACUGAAAGGAAUGACUUGGAUGGUGGCAUCAAGUAUAUGAGCGAAGGCAUUGCAACCAAGGAGCCAGGGGUCACAGAUGGCCGGUUUUACUUGCACCUAGGAGAUGCCCUCCAGAGGACCGGACAGAAUGAUGAGGCUCUGAAGGUCUACAAAGAAGGAGUCAAGGAAGGGCUCUUUGCAUCUGUUUACCAGCGCUCUCUGUACAGCGUUGAUGGGCUGAAAGCUCAGCCAUGGUGGGACCCAAAGGAAACGCCAUAUGCAUCAAGCCUAAAGGAGCUGGAAAAGCACUGGAUUGACAUAAAAAAUGAAGCACUUUCUCUAAUGACUGACAGAGGUUUUAAACCAGAAGCUGAGAACCUGAGGGACUCUGGAGAUUGGAAGCAGUUUGAAAUUUUUGCAAGAGGUAAAAAAAUUGAGAGGAACUGCAGAUUGGCUCCUAAAACAUGUGCACUCAUAGGCCAGAUACCAGACGCUGCCGGCUGUAAAAGAGGACAGGCAAAAUUUUCAGUCAUGCACCCAGGCACCCACGUUUGGGCACAUGUGGGGCCAACAAACUGCAGGCUUCGCUCACACCUUGGACUUGUAGUGCCACCGAAAGUUCGCAUCCGAGUUGCCAAUGAGACAAGGGAAUGGAAAGAAGGCAAUGUGCUGAUGUUUGACGACUCUUUUGAGCAUGAAGUUUGGCACGAAGGGGACAGCUUGCGGCUAGUGCUCAUCGUUGACUUCUGGCAUCCCGAUUUGUCAGCCAUUCAAAAAGCCAACUUGUCGCCAAUCUAGUCUUUAUACACUUACCUCCGGCUUUUAACUCUUGUGCUUAAUUUUUAAGGUGGAUGAAUUUGUUAGCCUUUGUUAGAACAUUUCACCUGCCACUUCACAGUGUCUUUGUGUUAUAUGUAGCCGCUUUUGACUUAUUUAUUGAAACAAGUUUAGUAAGGAUUCCAUGCUUGUUGUUCGGUGCUCUCUGGGACUCUGCCAAAGAAAAAUAAAAAGGCUGCACCUUCUCUUUUGCAUGAUGACAA